AUGUGCGCCGGCGAUCACAGUCAACCGUUGGGCAAUCAGAGUGUGCGAUUUCUAGGGCCAGCCUUUUUCACUUCCCUGGGGAAACACCUUACCGUCUUCACAAUCCUAUCGCAGAAAAUUGUACGACCUGAGCCCCCGGACCACUUGGUAUUCCAACUACUCCUAAUACGGGAGCUUGGUUGCUCCCCUUUGGCCUUCCUAGAAUGGUUGAACCUUGCCGAACGAAGUUCCAGCGACUCCCACAGAGAAACAACGUCCGAAGUUGCUCAAGCAGCUGAGCAAGGUGCUCGUCGGUAAGACUAAACCUCUAUCGAGCCACACAGAGAAUACAGCUAACUAGAGUGCUAUUUUUCUUGCUAUGACUUUUUUUCAGUCCGACGCCUUGUACCUGUUAGCCUUGAUAUUUUCGAAUUCUUGUACUUUUCCCCAACCUGACUCCAUCGCUUCUAUUUUGUAUCAUGACCCCGGCCGAUUAGGGCCCAACAGCGUGUACCCAUUCAUUUGUGUAUAUUUUUCGUGCUGGUAGUAAUAUUCUUGUGCUGUCUUUCUGCCACCUGUAUCGUUGUUUUUGCUGCGAGCCUCAGACGGCAGCGAUGCAAUCGUUGAACCGUCGGUGUUUUGCUGUCG